CAGCGGGCGGGCUCUGUCUGACAGGAGGAAGAAGGCUUGACUGGCAGCCGGGAUCCAACCUUCAAAAGCCGGCUGUAUUUUCUGUCUGCUCCCUGCCUUCAGGAACACUGGGAUCUAUGGCUAACAAAGGGAUGAACCUGUGCAAUGUGUGCUGCCUGCUGCUUUACCUUAUCACGGCGGUGCUCGCGGGGCGAGACUUCUAUAAGAUCCUGGGGGUGAGUAAGACCGCAUCAAUCAGAGACAUAAAGAAGGCCUACAGAAAGCUGGCUCUGCAGCUACACCCCGACAGAAACCAGGAUGACCCCAAAGCUCAAGACAAGUUUGCAGAUUUAGGAGCAGCUUAUGAGGUGCUCUCAGACGAGGAGAAAAGGAAACAAUAUGACGCAUACGGAGAAGAUGGACUCAAAGAGGGUCACCACAGCUCACACAACGAUAUCUUCUCCAGCUUCUUUGGUGACUUUGGGUUCAUGUUCGGAGGAAACCGACAGCAGCAGGAUAGGAACAUCCCCAGAGGAAAUGACAUCGUACUAGACCUGGAGGUCACUCUUGAAGAGGUGUACUCUGGGAACUUUGUGGAGGUUGUACGCAACAAGCCUGUAGCCAAAGAAGCUCCCGGCAAGAGGAAGUGUAACUGCAGACAGGAAAUGAGGACGACGCAGCUCGGUCCUGGCCGCUUCCAGAUGACUCAGGAGAUGGUGUGUGACGAGUGUCCCAAUGUAAAGCUUGUAAAUGAAGAGAGAACCUUGGAGGUAGAAAUUGAACAGGGAGUGAGAGAUGAGAUGGAGUACCCCUUCAUCGGAGAAGGGGAGCCUCACAUCGACGGUGAACCUGGAGAUCUACGAUUCCGCAUCAAAGUGUUAAAACAUCCUGUGUUUGAACGCAGAGGAGACGACCUGUACACCAACGUCACCAUCUCCCUGGUGGAGGCGCUGGUCGGCUUUGAGAUGGACAUCGUACAUUUGGACGGACACAAGGUUCAUAUAGUGAGAGAUAAGGUCACAAAGCCUGGUGCUAGAAUGUGGAAGAAAGGAGAGGGACUGCCAAACUUUGACAACAUCAACAUCCGAGGUUCCCUCAUCAUCACCUUCGACGUGGAGUUUCCUCAGACGCAGCUCGAUGAACAGCAGAAAGACGGUAUUCGAAGUCUCCUGAAGCAGGGAUCUGUACAGAAGGUUUAUAACGGACUACAAGGAUACUGACACACAAACAGACACAGCCUGGACUGAGUUACCUGCCACACACAUACCAAACACAGUCACACGCACACACACACACACACACACCGUCAAUCAACAGGACCUUGCUCCACAAUUCUGGCCAGGGUGUAUUUAUUAUUUUCAGAUUGUUCUCAGGAUGGCUCGAAACCCAAUCUGUUUUUAAUGUUCUACAUUCUGACGGCAGCGGCACAGGUGCAGAUGUUUUAUUUGUGUGUAUAAAUGGGAAGGAUGCCACGUCUUUGUUGUACUUUUUGUCCCCACAUCUUAUUGUAAUAAGACCUUUUUGUUUGUUUUUUAAGAAGCAAAAAAAAAAAAAGCAAAUUCACUUGUUUCUAUCUGAGUGAAGUUAAAAACAAACACUGUCUACUGACGUGUCCAUGAACCUGUGUGGGUGCCGUCCACUACAUCUGAAGGAUGAGCUACUGACAAACUCCACACCUGAAGAAGAAGAAGAAGAAAAUCCCAGACAACUUUCAACUAAUCAAAAGAUGCCCUGUGAUUUUUACUAGUUUUAUGAAUGUACCAGCAGCACCUGUUGACUGACGUCACUCUGAUCGUCUCCUCCUCAAUAAUACUUUGUAAAUAAGGAAGAACAAAUCUCAUCUGUUUGUUGUGUUUUAGUUUUCCUAAUUUAUGUUGGCUCUUCUGUUCACAUGUUUACAGCAGGAAAGCCGUCCGCAUUGCACAAACCCCCCGGUUCACUGAACAAGAGUUGACCUCUUCAGACAGUGAAGUUUAAUAUGUUUGGAGGUAUUUGGGCCCUUUGCACAUCCUCCAGCACCACACACACACACCUGUGACACUCUCUCUGUCUGGGCUUCAGACUCAAAGGGACUUCAGACCAGGAAGCAUCAACAUCCACGCUGGGUGCUGCUGCUCCUGACGGUUUGGUUUCUAAUGUGGUUUCAGGAUCUCACUUGUCUCUGUUUUUACUAUCGACUGCAACGCUGCCUCCCAAUGUUCUGAGAGUGUCAUGGCCUUAAGGGGAUAAAUGUACUUUUGACUGACUAUAAAUAAAGAUUUCUACAAAUUCUGA